AUGGAUAACCUUGAAAGGAAACGAAAGGCUGAUGCGGUCGACAAUGAACUCGAAGCAAGGAAGCUACAGAUAACAGAAGACGCGGUUCGACAGUACACUCAAAUAACAAACGACGCUGCCCAUCACAAGUCAGACGAUGCAGGCGAUCAACAAGCUCCAGUCCCCGUACUCGACAAGGUCAACACGCCAGCGUCUAUUAUUCCCUUCGAUCGUCUCAUCGUAUUGAAUGUGGAAGCAACAUGCGACGAGAAUCCAACGAAUCCUGCUGCUGUUCAAGUCACCAAGGAAAAUGCAGAGAUCAUCGAGCUUGCGUAUGUUGUCGUUGAUACAACUACCAUGGAGACAACCCAUCAACAGCAUAUUUUCGUACGUCCAGAACGCACACCUUUGACGAGCUUUUGUACAUCCAUCACUGGCAUCACGUGGAAACAGCUUGAUUCAGCAGGAACAUUCAAAGAUGCGAUCCGCAAAUUGGACGAGUAUAUCCAACAGGAAUUGGUAGCCAAGAAGCUGAGCUUUUGUUUCGCAACGCAUGGUGGAUGGAUAUUACGGAUGCAGCUACCACGAGAAGCACGUGACAAGAAUAUGGAAUUACCAGCCUACUUGGCGUAUUAUCAAAUGUUUGAUCUGAAGCAAGAAGUGCAACGAUGGCAAGUGUAUCAUCAACCUGAAGUGAGUCUACGAACGACAUCGCUGGCCGAUUUAUGCGAGACCUUUCAUGUGGAUCGGGUGAUGGAUAGCAACAAUGCGAGUGGAUUGGAUGCAUGUCUUACCGUGGUGAAUGUGUUACGAUAUCUUGCGGCUUUCCAUUAUCAAGACAUAUUGACUCGGCCUAUUGAUUUUGGUGCUGAUUUACAACAUUUCAACCAAGAGACAUCCAAAGUGGUACGGCUAGCGGGUCUACCGUAUGAAGUGACACAAGGUGAAUUGGAAGCAUGGUUUUCAUCCAACGGGCUACGACCUGCCAUGACCUAUAUGAUCCAAGCAUCCGAACACAAUGCAAAGCCAAGCGUAUCGGGAUUUGCCAUGUUCCAUUCACAUGAGGAUGCAUCACGAGGCUUAAUGUUGAAUGGAAGGUGUCUUGGUGAUCGACCUAUCGAAGUAUCCCCCAGCAGUGAACGUGUGAUUGAAGCAGCAGCCAAUAUCCUUACCCAAUUCCCAGUGCAAGCCAAUAGUCGACGACGUGUACGCCCUGGAGACUGGAAUUGUCCCAAUUGCUCCUUCCAUAACUUUGCUUCUCGGCGCAACUGCUUCAAAUGCAAUGCUGAAAAUCCCAACCCACCACCCACUACACAUACCGUCAAUGCUACAUCAACAGGGGGCGAUUGGUUAUGCUCUUGCGGGUUUCACAAUUAUGCAUCUCAAUCUCGUUGUCUCAAAUGUGGAUCCGAACAACGUAGCAGCACGGGUACAAGUGGUUCUCGAAUACAUGUGCGUCCUGGUGAUUGGUUUUGUCCAAAUCCUGAAUGCAGCUUCCAGAAUUUUGCAUCAAGAACAUCCUGUUAUCGUUGCCAAACACCCAAUCCCAAUCCACAGCAACCACCACAAGCAUCCUACAAUUAUGCUGAGACGCAAUUCCGAGUGGGAGAUUGGAUAUGCCCAUCAUGCAGCACACACAAUUUUGCAACCCGACUCGUGUGCCUGAAUUGUGGCACGUCAAGACCCCAUGGCUCUUCAGCAUCAGCAACUCCAGGCACAGGAAGUCCCAAUGUUAAACCGGGUGAUUGGAUAUGCCGAAACGACGCAUGUGGAUUUCAUAAUUUUGCAAAGCGAACCCAUUGUGCACGAUGUGGAAAUGCAGCUGAUAGUUCAAGCAUCAUCAUUGAGCAAUAA